GCAGAGGCGGAGACUCCAUAUCGGAAUUACUACGGGACAACUGUCUCGUGUUCAUACCGUCCAACAAGGUGGGAAAAUUAACAUGAAUAAGUAAACAAGUUACAUUAUGCAAGACCUGGGCAACGCAAUGCUUACAAUGUGAAAACAAUGUCUGGGAUAAGUCCUGAUUGGGUGGAGAUCCUGGAGCCACGCUCUCGAGAGCACAUGUACCUGAACCUGGCCACCAGCGAAUGCGGAUGGGACCCUCCUUUGGGCACCGCCAUUCGUCAGGCCGAUGGUAAACAGUGGUGGGAGCUGUUUGACCCCCAGAGCGGCCGCUUCUACUACUACAAUUCCGUGGAACGGCGGACUAUCUGGCACCGACCCCAGGGGGGUGACAUAGUGCCCCUGUCUCAGCUACAGGCUAUAAAGCACUGUUCUGAGGCCAAGCGGGCCGGGGAGAGCAGAGAGAGGCACCAUGGGGCGGGGAGUACAGGGAGCCAGGGAUGCCGCACCCCUCUUCCAGAGCACCUAGGGGCAGGGAGCCUCGGGAGUACAGGGAGCCAGGGAUGCCGCACCCCUCUUCCAGAGCACCUAGGAGCAGGGAGCCUCGGGAGUACAGGGAGCCAGGGAUGCCGCACCCCUCUUCCAGAGCACCUAGGGGCAGGGAGCCUCGGGAGUACAGGGAGCCAGGGAUGCCGCACCCCUCUUCCAAAGCACCUAGGGGCAGGGAGCCUCGGGAGUACAGGGAGCCAGGGAUGCCGCACCCCUCUUCCAGAACACCUAGGGGCAGGGAGCCUCGGGAGUACAGGGAGCCAGGGAUGCCGCACCCCUCUUCCAGAGCACCUAGGAGCAGGGAGCCUCGGGAGUACAGGGAGCCAGGGAUGCCGCACCCCUCUUCCAGAGCACCUAGGGGCAGGGAGCCUCGGGAGUACAGGGAGCCAGGGAUGCCGCACCCCUCUUCCAAAGCACCUAGGGGCAGGGAGCCUCGGGAGUACAGGGAGCCAGGGAUGCCGCACCCCUCUUCCAGAACACCUAGGGGCAGGGAGCCUCGGGAGUACAGGGAGCCAGGGAUGCCGCACCCCUCUUCCAGAGCACCUAGGGGCAGGGAGCCUCGGGAGUACAGGGAGUCAGGGAUGCCGCACCCCUCUUCCAGAGCACCUAGGGACAGGGAGCCUCGGGAGUACAGGGAGCCAGGGAUGCCGCACCCCUCUUCCAGAGCACCAUGGGGCAGGGAGCCUGGGGCACCGCACUUCUCUCCCAGAGCAGGAGAACUCCGUCCCCAAAACCCCUGAGACCCACAGUGAGAGUGAGACCACGGACAUAGGACCAGCUGAGGGAGGCAGCAGCUCGGACGGAACCGAGGAGUCACUGAAGGAGCUCUCUCAGAGAUGGCAGCCUUCCCCAGUGUCUAAGGCAGCCAUAUUGGUCAACGUGAACAGUGUCAGUCGGAUCCAGCCUGGAGGCCCAUCUAGCCCGGCCCUGCAACUCCGUCACCAUAACACACACACCAAGCCCAGUGGCAACCAGACCUUCACCCUCCUCCCCGUCAGCAGCAAGCCCCCGUGGGCCCACUCCUGCAUUGCCCAGGGCUACAAGACCGCUCCCUCUGGCAAGAUGGCCGCCGAUGCCCACCACCUAAGGAAGACGGGCAAUGGAAGCUUCUAUCUGGUGUCCUCUGACCCUCUCCAAACGCCAGGCAAUCUAAGGUCCCAGCUCAGCACCCCCAGGUCAGUGUCACCCCAGUAUGCCUCCACACUUCCCCUCUACGAUGACGAGGGAUCACAGUGUCCCAUCUAUGAUGAGCCUCCUGCGGACAUGGAGGUGGAGGGGGCUAACCUCCAUAAUGGGCCUGGUGGUCUGUCCCGCCUCACCCCCACACACAGCCUGCAGAAGCUCAGGCUCCUCCAGCACCCUGGCCCCUCUCACUCAAUCUCUAGGCACAAGAGGAACCCCUCUGACUACAGUCCUGCUGGCCUGGAGGGCAUCAGGCACAUGGUCAAUGUGGAUCCCAAACAGGCCCUUCUGUCCACCUCCGCUGGCCUCAACCGCACCCCCACCCCACGGCCGGACCCCCUCUUGGCCCAGCCCCAGAGGGAGUCAGGGACCCCAGUGAUGCCAGGUAUCCUGGAGAAGAAGCAGACAUGGCGGGCCCUGGAGGCCAGUGUGUUGAGGGCAAUGGAGGCUCGCCACAACAGGCAGAGCAGCAAGGACUUCCACACACCUCCAGGGCCCCGGACCACCAUCACCUACCAGGACUCUGGCUACUCCACUGGGCCCUCACCCAGCCUGAGGAGGAAGAGCCGGCGGAGGGUGGGGGCCGGGGGGAGACCAGGCUCAGUGGGCAGCAGCGGGGACCUGUGUGCCCUCAACGAGAGGCUGAUGUUGGAGAUGAGGGAGGUGGUGAGCCGCUCCAACACCAUGAGGGAGAUGAAGGCUGGAGGCCUGGGGGCGCGAGAAGACGUCCACUCCGCCAGCCGUUUGCUGAGCGGGGUAGGUAAUCAUAGCAUCCCGGCCCUGGCGCCGCUGGAGAUGACAGGAAGGCAGAAGAGGACCUAUGAGAAGGUGGACAGCCUGAAGAAGAGCAUCACCAGCCAAGCCAGCCUCUCCUCACCAGACACCCCCGGAUCCCCCUUACAGGUGGGGACCCUGGAACUGAAGGCUCAGUUGGACAGCAGGAAGAAAGGUACGGUAGAUGGACAAACAGGCUCACUGGGCCCCCACCACCAACUCUCCGUCUCCCAUGACAACAGAGAGGGAGGAGGAAUAGGAGGCUCCUACCACCAGCUCUCUUACGCCACACUGCGCCAGCCCCCGACCACAGACACCUCAGGCAUGGCGGACUGGGCCAGCAAGCACCUGAACAUGCACACCCAGGGCCUGUUCCGCCGCCGUGUCUCCAUCGCCAACAUGCUCUCCUGGAACCGCGGCUCCAUCAAGAAGCCCAUGCUGGUGACCAGCGACCGCGCUGUGAGGAAGGAGGCCUGUGAGAUGUUCAAGCUGGUCCAGGCCUACAUGGGAGACAGACCCUCCCGCCUAGACCGCCGUCACACUGCCCUGCUCAUCAUCACUAAGUGCUGGGGCACGCAGGGCCUGAGGGACGAGCUGUAUGUGCAGCUGGUGAGGCAGACCACGGGCAACACCAGCCCAAGGAGCCUGGCUGCAGGCUGGGAGCUGAUGGCCGUCAGCCUGGCCUUCUUUGCCCCCUCGCCCAAGUUCCGCUGCUACCUAGAGGGAUACAUCCAGAGGCACUCGGAUCCGAGCAGCGACAAGAAGCAGGUGACUCAGUUCAUACUAGAGCAGCAAGACAUGAAACAGAAGAAGAACUCAAAGUCCAGAAAGAAACGGAAACAGAAUACAGAUGAAGAAGGUCUACCUAUCAGCUCGUACGCAAAGUUCUGCUAUCGCAAACUACAGAAAGUGGCCGUAACUGGAGGCAAAAAGGGUCUUCGUAAGCCCACUCUGGAGGAGAUUGACCACAGCAGACGGGCCAUCGUGACCCCCUCCCUGUUUGGCAGCUCCCUGGAUGAGGUGAUGGAGCGCCAGAGUGAACUCUUCCCAGACAGGAAGCUACCCUGGGUACAGGUGCAGCUUUCCCAAUACGUCAUGGCACUGGGAGGGGCCCAGACCGAGGGCAUCUUCAGGGUGCCAGGAGAUAUCGAUGAAGUCAACGCACUUAAGCUUCAGGUCGACCAAUGGAGGAUCCCAGAAAACCGCUCAGACCCCAACGUACCUGCCUCCCUUAUGAAGCUUUGGUAUCGUGAGUUGGAGGAGCCUCUCAUCCCCAUGGCCUUCUACAAGCAGUGUGUCAGUAACUAUGAUGACCCUGUGGCAGCUGUCAAUGUUGUCCAAUGCCUGCCUGAGCUCAACAGACUGGUGCUGUGCUACUUCAUCCACUUCUUGCAGGUGUUUGCUCAGCCUGCCAAUGUGUCUGUUACUAAGAUGGAUGUCAAUAACCUUGCCAUGGUAAUGGCCCCAAACUGCCUCCGCUGCCAGUCUGAUGAUCCACUAAUCAUCUUUGAGAACACACGCAAGGAGAUGUCCUUCCUGCGCAUGCUCAUCGUUCACCUGGACACCACUUUCAUUGAGGGUGUUGUAUAGACUGACUCCUGCCUUCCCUGACAUCACAUGCCCCAUGGUCACAGAGAGAUUCACUCUGCUUUUCUGUAUGAAGCCUGCCCCACUCCAUUGACUGGUCUGAAAGCACGAAGCAGCAACACAUGCACAUACACUGGAAAAUCAUACUAUAUGUUACGAAUUUGUUGUGCUUAAUAUCCUGGAGUGCAUCUUUAAUACUGUCACUUGAUAUUGGACCCACCCUCUGGUCUACUGUCUGGCUGCAGAACAAUACAUACUGUAUGUGCUGACUGCAGAGGAGAUAUUGUGCUCUUUGAUGGAAACCCCACAAUGAUGACACUCAAAAAGACUACAAAUGACUUCACAUCAUAGGUACCGGUUUUUAUCCAGUUCGUUUUGAUGACUUUUUUUUAACUGCAUGUAAAAAUCUAAAUGUCCUUAUGACUGAAUGUGAAGUGCUAUUGUUUCACUGGAUAUGUGCGCUGUGCAUAAGGAGUUUCAUAUAGUUUGUAUAGGACUUUGUCAUCAGGAAACAGGGCAACUGACAAACAGACCCGGGGUCCCUGCCUUAUUUAUAUCUACAUAGAAACCAUGUUGAUAUUUGGCCUCUUUUGUCAGGCUGUGUGUGUGUUUUUGGGUGCGUGUGUGUGAUGAGGGGGAAAAUAUAUUUAAAAUGUCUCAUUGGAAAUAAGCUUGCCUGUGAUGUUUUAGUAGUUGUAUUAACAAGAGCCUGCAUUAGUCUCAAUGCUAUGUUGAUGCUUUUAUCUGAAGUGGCAGAGUACCACCACAGCUAUUUUAAUAUACUGUACAGUCAGAGCCUACGUGUCAAAGUACAAACUGUAAGAAAUAAGACCAUGUGUUUUGGAGCUUAUGUAAAAUGCCCUUUUUUAGUGGUCUGUGGAGAGAGUGUUCUGCACUAAAAACCUUCUGGUGUUAAACUGCUGAGGAAGGAGGUUGUAAAUGUAUACUGUCUGGUACAUGUAUGUGUUGUACUGUACUGUGUGUAUGGGAGAUCUAUUCAAGGCGAUAAACCAAUAUCUCAUUGAAAAGAGGCAUAAACAAAUGUAUAAAGUACUACUGUCACAUUUUCUUUGUGGUCUAUAGAUCUUUUGGCUCAGGUGUUCUGUUACAACAGUUUUAGUGAUAACUGCUCUCUGCUUCCCGGUCUCCUGAAAGUCAGAUUUUUACGUGCUCCAAAACUAUGGAUGGGGCACUCUGGUGAUGCAGAUAAGACUGUCCCUGAAGGCUUUGCUCAUGUAAAUAAUGCUUGUAAAUAGUCAAAUCUAUGGGUGUCUUUUUUUAAAUGAUCCAGGGUAAAGGUGAAUAUUUCUGUUGCAUAGAGAAAAAAAACAGGUGUUUUUGUUGGUUUUUUAAUUACUGUUAAUUUCCUUUCUGUUAACUUGCCUUUGAAAAUAGUACUGAUUCAACCACUCGUGUGUGUGUUUAUUAUGUGAACAUAACCUCUGUUACUCUAUGGAAGGAUUGUUCAUGAAAAAUAAAGGUUUGUUUCUUUGUAGAA